AGCUUUGGGAUAUUGCCUUUUUCCAGGGGUUUAGUCUUUCGCCGGGGGCUUCACCUUUCGCCUUUUGCCAGUGGCUUCACUUUUCACCGGGGAUUUCGCAUUGCUUCACCUAAUAACAAUGGUGCAGAGUACAUAAAAGGCACCGUAAAUGAGGCAGUCGUACUUCCUCCAAAAGACAAAGUUGCAGGAUCAUAUCAUUGGGAUUUUGAACGACUUUUGUCUAUCUCUUUGAUUCCCCUUACUAUCGCAUCAGUUAUAAAAGGAGCUCAUCCUAUUACUGAUCUUUGUUUCGGUGUCAUUCUCCCAUUUCAUUGCCAUAUUGGAUUUGAUGCAAUUAUUACUGAUUAUUUCCCACCUCAUCGCAGCCCGGGUUCAAAUAAGGUUUUAACUUGGAGUUUAAGAGGUGCUACACUUAUUGUACUCUAUGGCUGUUAUGAAUUUAACACAAAUGAUGUAGGAAUGACUGAACUUGUAAAGAAAGUAUGGAAUGCAUAA